GUAACAUGAUACCCACGUACUGUACUCUAACUAAAAUUAUGGGCUAAACUAACUCAACAAAUAAUCCUAAAAAUUAAAAUAACAACUACCCUACUCUCUGAAGAAAAUUCAGGAAGACUUAUUCAAACUAAAUAACAAAUUAGAUAAAGACAAUAUCCACUUUUGCAUCAGUUUUCAACAAUUUCUGGGAUCAUUAAAUGCAUAAAAAACGGCUGUGUUAAUGAUAUGAUUGAUCCAUUUCUGAAAGAGAAGAUAGCACCGGUGUGUUUGAUAGAAUUUAUGGAGAUCGCUCUCAGUUGUAUUCAUCCAAAUCCAAACGAACGGCCUUCGAUGGGAGAAGUUGAGGUAACUUUCGAACUUGCAUUGAAGUUGCAGGAGAAAGCCGACUUGGUUAUCAAGGCUGACAAUCCACAUGCUGGUUACGCCAUCGAAGAAGUAUCAUUUCGUGUUUCUCUCGUGGAUUAUGAGGAAUUCUGGUUACACCAAGCCAAUAGCUAUUGUUGUCCGAUGCAGAACUAAAAAUUGGUGGGUGGAGAUGAAUUUGGGAAGGCAAAAGGUAUUUUCUAUUUUUUACUGGUGAAAAGAGUGAUGCAAUUCCUAUCCAAAACUAAAUGGCGUCAUCAAAUUCCCAGUCAUUCUUGCCUUGCUGUUAUCUUUCUCCUUUUGUGUGUGUGUGUGUGUGUGUCUUAAUGUAAAUAUUUCUUCCAAUAUCAAUGGCAGUUUUAACUACUAAGAGUUUGACUGCAAGGGCAACCUUCUAAGUAGCUGGCAAGAUCAGCUACUUAAAUGAUUAAAGACAGCUGUUUUAG